AUGGGAGAACUCACGUUUUUCUAUGGACUUCAAAUUCAACAAUCAGAGAAGGGAACUUUUAUCUGUUUGAUCAAAUAUACAAAGGAAUUGAUUCAAAAAUUCAGCAUGAGCAAUGCUAAAGCAAUUGGUAUACCAAUGAUCCCAUCAACAAGUCUUGACAAAGACGAGAAGGGAAAUCCAGUGGAUGAGACAAAAUAUCAUGGAAUGAUUGGCUCCUUACUUUAUCUAACUACUAGUCGACCGGAUAUCAUGUUUAGUAUCUGUAAAUGUACCAGGUUUCAGUCAGCUCCUAAGGAAUCACACAUGAUAGCAGUAAAGAAAAUAAUUUGUUAUCUUAUCGGAACUGUUUCUUAUGGACUGUGGUACCCGCGAUCUAAUAAUUUUAAACUUGAAGGUUUUUCAGAUGCUGAUCUUGCUGUGAUAAAGAAGACAGAAAAAGUACCAGUGGAACAUGUCAAUUGCUAG